UUGGCAGCUCCAUUUCUUGUUGUUGCGACUCGCAGGCUUAGUUUUUAUUUGUUGCAAUUGCCAUUUUCACUUGCAGUUCGUAUCGUGGCCAAGGCGGUGGAAAAUGGCACGCAAGAACCACAAUUCCCACAUGUUAAGCGCCAUACCCGGCGGCAUGGAGUCAGACGAGGAGGAACUGGAGGUCCUGAUGCAGUGCCUGAAGAUCAAGCGCUUGGCAGAUAUCACAACAGGUGCCGGGAUCAAUGGUCGGAAUUUCGACGCCACACUGGACGCCGAGGCGGAGGAGUUCUUCAAAGUGUUCCGCGAGAAGUGGAACAUGUACAGCAAGAAUAAGUCGCCGCAUUUGCGCCAGGAGUUUGGCAAGGCGCUGAUGAGCCACCCGGAGCCGGCCCUGCUGUUGGCUCUCAAGAUAUUCGCCAAUUGUCCCGACAGCAGCAAUGUGAAACCGAAGAGCUUGUCGCAUUUCGUGCUGGACACGGUGUGCAAGCUACAUGAGGAGUACCCGGAGCUUAUCGGCGAGGAGGGCUGUGAUCCGAACACCAGUAUGAUUGCCUUUAACUUUGUGAAGAUGUCGGGCCUGCUGAGCCUCAACAACGCUGUGAUCCAUGCCUACAGCCUGCGACACAUACGGGAGCUGUUGCUGCCCCAUUUGCGCGAACUGCUGGAGGCGGGGCACGUCAAGGAGGUAACUCAGUGGGCCAUAAGCUUGCAGCUGACGCACGAGUUCGACAUGAUGGAGCUGGCCUUUCCACUUAUAGCGGUGGAGAAGCUUCCGCUGGCCGAGGAGUACCUGGACCAUGCCACCGAGCAGCGGCUGCCGUUUGUCAAGUUUCUCGACUCGCUGCUCCACAAGGAGAAGCCGGUGAUCCAGCUCUGCGAGGAUCUCCUGGGGCGCUACAAGAAUCUGAAGAUCUCACACAACGUGCUCAGCUAUCGGCCCAUUUCUAAGAUUGUGGCGCGGCUGGCCAAGAAGUACAGCUUUGACGACGCCGUCACCCCCAACUACAAAUUCACGAAGACGUGCAGCUACCUUCAUUACCUCUACCGCGAGUACGAGAAGGCACGCAUCAAUCUGGCCAGUUUUCGCGAGCUAGUGAGCGUCCACGCUUACGACUAUGCCCUGCGCAAGGACUUUGUUAGCUAUUUGGCCGCCGCACAGGCCCAUUCAGAAGCUAUCUAUUGGUAUAGGCAGUUCAAGCUGAACCCCAACGAUUGCCCGCUGGAGAUCAAGUCGCAGGUGUCGCGGAAUGGUUUUACGGAGGCGGCAAAUCGAGAGUCUGAUGGCGGCAGCGAGGCCAGUGGCUGUGAUAUGUACCUGACCAUGGACCUGCCGGACGAGUGCCUGAACAUUGUGGACACGGCGGCGCAGUUUGAGCGUAUGUUGUUCCACCUGCAGAAGGAGCACAUCAUUUAUCUGGACUCGGAGUGGAUGCAAAACGUGUGCGGUGACAGCCCGCUGUGCCUGCUGCAGAUCGCCACCGGGCACAAUGUCUACCUGAUCGACUGUCUGGCUCGGGAAAAUAUCCGUUCGGAGCACUGGCGCUCGCUGGGCGCCAAUAUAUUCAAUAACGUCAAUAUCCUGAAGGUGGGCUUCUCCAUGGUGAGUGAUCUCAGUGUCCUGCAGCGGUCCCUGCCGCUGCAGCUGCGCCUGCAAAUGCCACACCAUUACUUGGACCUGCGCAAUCUGUGGCUGGAGCUGAAAAAGCAGCGCUACGGGGUGGAGCUGCCCUACGGCAAUGUCAACCGGGCUGGCGAUGCCCUCACCGAUCUCUCACUGGUGUGCCUUGGCAAGAAACUGAACAAGUCGAAUCAGUGUUCAAACUGGGCCAAUCGACCGCUGCGUCGCGAGCAGAUUCUUUAUGCAGCCAUCGAUGCCCGAUGCCUGCUGCUGAUCUAUAAUACACUCCUGGCGCGUGUGUCCUUCAUCAAUGUGGCCAUUGAGAAGAGCAUUGCCAGCAACAAUUUUCUGAGACGCGGCGCCAACGUCAAGUGAUGAGGCCUGCAAGGAUCCAGAUGGUGAUUCGACGACAAAGGCAGCGCGCGUUCGCCCGUUCGCCCAACCUAAUCUAAGUGCAAACAUUAAAUUUGAAGAGUAUUUAGCGUACAAUUAGCGAGGCAGCUUAAUCGGAGGCACUUUGUACAAAAAGAAAAAGUUACAAAUCAAAAGCAACCGACGAUGGAUUACUGACGACAAAUGAAUUUCCUUAUUUUGCAUUAUUUACUUUAUAAUAUUGUUUAUAUUUCCCUGUAAAUAUUAUAUACACUUGCAUUAUUCCAAUUA